AUGGCGGUUCCUGGCUGGUACUGGGCCUCUGUUCCCACUUGCGCUGGCCUGUGGUGGUUCGGAGUGGUUGAUAAAGGGUUCUUGAUCGGGGGAACGCUGAUCAAUUGCUGGCUAGCCAAGGAGGCGUAUCGAUUCUGGAAACUUCAGGGAGCUGCUGGUAGCUCGAGAGGGUUAUUCUGGGCUAGUGUUUGGCAUUUGCCACUACUGAUGGUAGGGACGCUGAUAACUAAGAAGGGAAUCUGGGAUGGUGUCUGGAGUCGUAUGUUCGGCGAGAAUGACGAAGACGAGGAGGACGAGGAAUAUGAAGUUGAGACGGAAAGAAGACCUGGUAGAGUUCCUGUGGAACCCAUGUUAUCUACGAAACCGAUAACUUGA